UCGAAUUCUCACUAUCUGCCGGGAAGCAAGUCAAAGCCUUAGCCUAAAUGACCAGCCUCCUACAUGCGGAAUCGAUAGACACCCUGAUACUAAAUGAUCCCAAGGACUGUAUUAGCACCACAUGAGAUAAACUCCGCACCUGGAUUUUUUUUCUUAUUCUAACUUUGCAAACAAAACGGUUCCGUUAUGCCUUGGAAAUGUGGACUCAUUAUUACGCUGUCCCUGGUCCUCUUCACUCUCCACGCCACUGCAAUUAAAGAGAGGAAUAAUCGGGGCUCUUUGCAGAGAGGAGUAAUCGGGACAGAAACAGAAGCCAUCAAUUCUAUGCACUUGGUUGAACUUCUGAAAACGACCAAACAAAACUCUAAUGUCAGAACGAUAUUUGACCUGGAAAAGCAUCGGAGGAAGCGGUCCGCAGUCUUUCACUCUGGAGUGAGAGUCUGUCCUCAGGAGACCAUCAAUGAGGUCAUUGCCAGCCAUCAAGCCUACUACAGGCUCAGAGUUUGUCAGGAGGCUGUGUGGGAGGCCUUCCGGAUCUUCUUUGACAGGAUCCCUGUCACUACAGAGUACACAACAUGGGUUCACACAUGUCAACACGAGUCUCUGUGUCUCGCUGACCUGGCCACUAACUUCAGCAACUCAGAGGAGCACAUGAGUAUGGUGUACAGGAGGAUGAAUCUGCGAGACGAGAGGCAGUCGACCGGAGCAGAAGCAGCCGCAACCACAGCAGCACCAGAGGUCACUGGGAUAGCAGGUCCAGAAGAGACCCGGACUGCUGCACCAGAACCACCCACUCCCGUGACCAGUGAUUCCAGUGUCCCUGAUGCUCCUGAUGAUACAGUGGAAGAAGAAACCGCUGCUGAGGAGGACUCUGAGCUGCCCAACAUUGUUCCAGAGAACCAUGUGGAGGAGAUAGUGGAGUUCAGCAUUGACCUGGUGGACCCAGGCUACAGGGAACUACUGGAUGACCCUGACUCCCCCCAAUAUGUUGACCUCUCUCAACACCUGCAAGACCAGAUGCUCCAUGUUUUUGACAAGCUCCCAGGAUUUAAAGAGAUCAGUGUUUUGGGAAUCAGCGAGGCCCAUGGGAGUGAAGGACCUGGAGGAGUGACAGUGCACUAUUCUCUGGUCUUUCAGACAAUUUCAGAGGAUGACACAGGGACUCCAGUGUCAGCUGUGCCCAGCCUGCGGGAAAUGGUGGCCAAGGCUUUGAGUGAAGAGGCCUCUCUGCCAGUGGAUCUACAGUCAUUAAACUUUGAACCAGUAAAAGGGAUUCCACCAACUACAACACCAGUUGAGGAAGCUGUUGAGGAAACGAUUGAAGAUUCCAUUGAGCCAGCUUUCCACAACGAUCUGGACAUAUCCACAGAUGAGCCAGAGAUUGCCAUGGAGAAGCCUCGUCUGGAUGUUCCACUUGGCCCUGUGGAAAAGGAAAAUGCGCUCAUCACCUUCCUGGACUCUACAGAUAUUCCAGAAAAACAAGAAGAAGCAGCACCACCAGAGAGAGGAGAUGUGCCCUACAUCUACAAGGACACUAGUGAUGAAUUAGUGGAGAGUGAAUCUGAAGCAACAACUGAACCAGAGGAAGAGGUGCCAUUUAUCACACACAUGAUUGAAACCAUUCAAGCCAUUGAUGAGGGAACUGGUGAGCUUGUAAGAGACUAUUUCCCAACCUCUCCUGACGAGGAAUACCCUGAGCCACCUUUUGGUAAUUUAGUCCCUACUAAUGGGUACCCUGUUUUACCCCAUGUGGAUUUGGAUAUUACCUCCGCCCAUGAAAUAAAAAGUAUAGAAACUAAUUCUCCAGCUAAACUCCUUCCUAACUUGAUAUCAGAGGAGGAGGCUGUUGUUGAGAAGGAGGCUGAGCCUACUCCGACCACUCAGAUUAAGCUUACCACAGUCAUUGCCAUUGAGGAAGAGGUAUCUAACCCUGAAUUACCUGUGACGACUCUCUCAGCCAUCACAGAUCAGCCUGCCACUGAAGCAAUAGAGGACUUUGAAGUUGAGGAAGAUAUUAUCCAUAUUCCGAUUGAAGGGGAAGAGGUUGAAGAACCAGAACCUGAGGAAGAGGUAGUUGGGAUCUCGGAACCUGAAAAAGUGAUAGUUGUGGAACCAGAACCUGAGGAAGAGGUAUUUGAGGAACCAGAGCCCAAUGAAGAUGUAGUUGAAGAUCCAGAACCUGAGGCAGAUGUAGAUGAGGUGAUGGUAGUUAAGAUCUUUGAACUUGAGGAGGAAGAAGUAGUUGAGAACUCGGAACCUGAGGAAGAAGUAGUUGAAACAGAACCUGAGGAAGAGGUAGUUGAGAUCUCGGAACCUGAAAAAGAGGUAGUUGUGGAACCAGAACCUGAGGAAGAGGUAUUUGAGGAACCAGAGCCCAAUGAAGACUUAGUUGAAGGUCCAGAACCUGAGUCAGACGUAGAUGAGGUCUUGGUAGUUAAGGUCUUGGAACCUGAGGAAGAAGUAGUUGAGAACUCGGAACCUGAGGAAGAAGUAGCUGAGGAACCAGAACCUGGUGAAAAGAUAAAUGAGGUCUCGGAACCUGAAGAAGAGGUAGUUGAGGUCUUGGAACCUGAGGAAGAAGUAGUUGAACCAGAACCUGAGGAAGAGGCAGUUGAGGUCUCGGAACCCGAGGAAGAGGUAGUUAAGGCACCAGAACCUGAGGAAGAGGUAGUUGAGGAACCAGAGGAAGAGGUAGUUGAGGAACCAGAGCCCAAUGAAGACGUAGUUGAAGAUCCAGAACCUGAGGCAGAUGUAGAUGAGGUCACGGUAGUUAAGAUCUUGGAACUUGAGGAAGAAGUAGUUGAGAACUCGGAACCUGAGGAAGAGGUAGUUGUGGAACCAGAACCUGAGGAAGAGGUAUUUGAGGAACCAGAGCCCAAUGAAGACUUAGUUGAAGGUCCAGAACCUGAGUCAGACGUAGAUGAGGUCUUGGUAGUUAAGGUCUUGGAACCUGAGGAAGAAGUAGUUGAGAACUCGGAACCUGAGGAAGAAGUAGCUGAGGAACCAGAACCUGGUGAAAAGAUAAAUGAGGUCUCGGAACCUGAAGAAGAGGUAGUUGAGGUCUUGGAACCCGAGGAAGAAGUAGUUGAACCAGAACCUGAGGAAGAGGCAGUUGAGGUCUCGGAACCCGAGGAAGAGGUAGUUAAGGCACCAGAACCUGAGGAAGAGGUAGUUGAGGAACCAGAGGAAGAGGUAGUUGAGGAACCAGAGGAAGAGGUAGUUGAGCUCUUGGAACCUGAGGAAGAGGUAGUUGAGGAACUAGAACCUGAGGAAGAGGUAGUUGAGGAACUAGAACCCGAGGAAGAGGUAGUUGAGGUCUCGGAACCUGAGAAAGAGGUAGUUGUGGAACCAGAAACUGAGGAAGAGGCAUUUGAGGGACCAGAGCCUGAGGAAGAAGUAACUGAGGAACCAGAACUUGAGGAAGAGGUAGUUGAAGAACCCGAGGAAGAGGUAGUUGAGCUCUUGGAACCUGAGGAAGAGUUAGUUGAGGAACUAGAACCUGCGGAAGAGGUAGUUGAGGAACUAGAACCCGAGGAAGAGGUAGUUGAGGUCUCGGAACCUGAGAAAGAGGUAGUUGUGGAACCAGAAACUAAGGAAGAGGCAUUUGAGGGACCAGAGCCUGAGGAAGAAACAACUGAGGAACCAGAACUUGAGGAAGAGGUAGUUGAAGAACCGGAGCCCAAGGAAGACGCAGUUGAGGAACCAGAACCUGAGGUAGAGGUAGAUGAGGUCUUUGUAGUUGAGGUCUUGGAACCUGAGGAAGAAGUAGUUGAGAACUUGGUACCUGAGGAAGAUGUAGCUGAGGAAAUAGAGCCUGGUGAAAGGGUAGAUGAGGUCUCAGAACCCGACGAAGAGGUAGGUGAGGUCUUGGAACCUGAGGAAGAAGUAGUUGAGAACAUGGAACCUGAGGAAGAGGUAGCUGAGGAACUAGAGCCUGGUGAAAAGGUAGAUGAGGUCUCAGAACCUGAUGAAGAGGUAGGUGAGGUCUUGGAACCUGAGGAAGAAGUAGUUGAUGAACUUGAACCUGGGGAAGGGGUAGUUGAGUUGUCAGAACCUGAGAAAGAGGUACUUGAGGAAUUACAAACUGAGGAAGAGGGUGUUGAGGUCUUGGAACCUGAGAAAGAGGUACUUGAGGAAAUAGAACCUGAGGAAGAGGUAGUUGAAGAACCAGAGGAAGAGGUAGUUGAGCUCUUGGAACCUGAGGAAGACGUAGUUGAGGAACUAAAACCUGAGGAAGCGGUAGUUGAGGAACCAAAGCCUGAGGAAAUGGUAGUUGAGGAACCAAAGCUUGAGGAAACGGUAGUUGAGGAAGAGGUAGUUGAGGAAUUAGAACCUGAGGAAGAGGUAGUUGAAGAACCAGAACCUGAAGAAAAUGUAAUUGAGGUUUCGGAACAUGAGGAAAAAGUAGUUGAGAAAACAGAAGAAGAGGUAUUUGAGGAACUAGAACCUGAGGAAGCAGUUGUUGAGGAACUAGAACCUGAGGAAGCGGUUGUUGAGGAACUAGAACCAGAGGAAGAGGUAGUUGAGGAACCAGACCCAGAGGAUGAGGUAGUUGCAAAACCAGAACAUGAGGAGGAGUUAAUUGAGGAAUCAGAGCCUGAGGAAGAGGUAGUUGAUGAACUAAAACCUGAGGAAGAGGUUGUUGAGGAACCGGUAGUUGAGGAACUAGAACCUGCAGAAGAGGUAGUUGAGGAACUAGAACCUGAGGAAGAGGUUGUUGAGGAACCAGAGCCUGAGGAAGAAGUAGUUGAGGUCUCAGAACCUAAGGAAAUGGUAGUUGAGAAACCAGAGGAAGCAGUAGUUGAGGAACCAGAACCUGAGGAAGAGGUAGUUGAAGAACCAGAAACUGAGGAAGAGGUAAUUGAGGUCUUGGAACAUGAGGAAAAGGUAGUUGAUGAAUCAGAGGUUGAGGUUGUUGAAGAACCAGCAUAUGAGGAAGAGGUAAUUGAGGAAUCAGAGCCUGAGGAAGACAUAGUUGAGGAACCAGAGCCUGAGGAAGCGGUAGUUGAGGAACUAGAACCUGUGGAAGAGGUAGUUGAGGAACUAGAACCUGAGGAAGAGGUUGUUGAGGAACCAGAGCCUGAGGAAGAAGUAGUUGAGGUCUCAGAACCUAAGGAAAUGGUAGUUGAGAAACCAGAAGAAGCAGUAGUUGAGGAACCAGAACCUGAGGAAGAGGUAGUUGAAGAACCAGAAACUGAGGAAGAGGUAAUUGAGGUCUUGGAACAUGAGGAAAAGGUAGUUGAUGAACCAGAGGUUGAGGUUGUUGAAGAACCAGCAUAUGAGAAAGAGGUAAUUGAGGAAUUAGAGCCUGAGGAAGACAUAGUUGAGGAACCAGAGCCUGAGGAAGCGGUAGUUGAGGAACUAGAACCUGAGGAAGAGGUUGUUGAGGAACUAGAACCUGAGGAAGCGGUAGUUGAGGAAUUAGAACCUAAGGAAGUGGUAGUUGAGAAACUAGAACCUGCGGAAGAGGUAGUUGAGGAACUAGAACCUGAGGAAGAGGUAGUUGAGGAACCAGAGCCUGAGGAAGAGGUAGUUGAGGAACCAAAGCCUGAAGAAGAGGUAGUUGAGGAACCAGAACCAGAGGAUGAUGUAGUUGAAGAACCAGAAUAUGAGGAAGAGGUAGUUGAGGGACCAGAGCCUGAGGAAGAGGUAGUUGAGGAACCAAAGCCUGAAGAAGAGGUAGUUGAGGAACCAGAACCAGAGGAUGAGGUAGUUGAAGAACAAGAAUAUGAGGAAGAGGUAAUUGAGGCAACAGGACCUGAGGAAGAGGUAGUUGAGGUCUUGGAACCUGAAGAAGAGGAAGUUGAAGAACCAAUGCCUGAGGAAGAGGAAGUUCAAGAACCGGAGCCUGAGGAAGAGGUAGUUGAAGACCCAGGACCCGAGGAAGAGGUAGUUGAGGUCUUGGAACCUGAGGAAGAGGAAGUUGAAGAACCAAUGCCUAAAGAAGAGGAAGUUGAAGAACCGGAGCCUGAGGAAGAGGAAGUUGAAAAUCCAGAACCUGAGGAAGGGGUAGUUGAGGAAACACAGCUUGAGGAAAAUAUUAGUGAACCACCAGCUGAAGAAAUUAAAAUCAUCCAACCUGUGGAUUCUUUAGAGGACACUCUAUUUGGAGAGGAAACCUGGAAACCUGAUCCUGUUGAAGAGGACAAUAUUGUCCCAAUAGAAGACCAGUCAACUGAGGAGGACAUGGAGGAACUGUUGCCUGAAUACCACGGGUAUGAGGACAGCUAUCCUGAGGAAGCUGUUGAUACUGUGGAAGAAACAGAUGACACAGCAGAGGUCAGUGACAUGGAAGUGGCUCCAUUGCCAGAGGAGAGUGAAGAGAAGAUAGCAAUGAUAGCAGAACCCAUCCCUGACUCUACGUCAACACCCCCUGCAGAAUCUGACACUGUGCCUGUGGUAGAUGUAACAGAGUCACCUUCAGAGUUAGAGCUGAUGGUGGAGGAUACUGAGGAGCCUGGGGUGGUUGUUAUCAAUGAAGAGGCUGAAGAGGAGGUCGUAGAGGACUCAGAACCUGAGGACGAGCGUGUGCAAGACCUUGCAGACGAACUUGAUCAAAUGGACCUGGUAAGCACAGAGCCCAUUAACCUUCCGGAGGCCAGUGUAUACUCAUUGGCUCCUGAGGUGCACCCCGUCGAGACCACAGCUUCUCCACCACUGAGAUACCUGACCACUCCCUCCAUGACCACAGCGAGUAAAGGCAGGGAGCUGGUGGUGUUCUUCAGUCUACGGGUUACUAACAUGAGGUUCUCAGAUGACCUCUUCAACAAGAGCUCUUCAGAAUACAGAUCCCUGGAGAACACCUUUUUGGAACUGCUGCUGCCUUACCUGCAGUCCAAUCUAACAGGAUUCAAGAAGCUAGAGAUUCUUAACUUCAGGAAUGGCAGCAUUGUGGUCAACAGCAAGAUGAAGUUCACCAAGUCAGUGCCAUACAACGUGACCCAGGCCGUCCACUGUGUCCUGGAAGACUUCUGCAACGCUGCAGCCAUGAGACUCAACAUUGAGAUUGACAGUCACUCUAUGGACAUAGAGCCUGCUGAUCAAGCAGAUCCCUGUAAGUUCUUGGCGUGCAACGACUUCUCUCACUGUGUGGUGAAUCGGUGGUCACGGGAGGCCGAAUGUCUCUGUGACCCGGGGUACAUGGCUAUGGACGGCCUGCCCUGUCAGAGUAUCUGUGUCCUGCAGCCGGACUACUGCCAGAACGGGGGCCGUUGUGAGAUAGUACCAAGGCUUGGAGCCACUUGCAGAUACCCAGAAAUGUAUACAUCUUCCAGGCCUGACAAAUUAAGAACAUCGAGUGUUGAAUGACGACCCUCCGUAUUAAGACUUGGCAACUGCAGAAGAGACACAGGAAUGUUAAUAAACGAUAGCCAAUCGCAGAUGCAGAUCACGGACAAUGUUGUGAUUGCAGAAAGACAUUGACCUGUUGGCUACUGAUGGACAGACAGGCACUCAGCCAGACAACCCCUUCAUUUGACCUUUCCAAAGCCUGUGUUUCACCAGAAAGGAUACUCCCAUUUUCUGUCAAACAGACAUUCAGGCGAACUCUGGACAGCCGUACUCGGUCAUUGUCAUCAGUGAACAAAUGACUCGGGAACGACAGAUGAAUGUCAAACGGAUGUGAUCAUUUUGCUAUGGCAUCCCAGGACAGCUAACUGCUUUUAUACGUAUGUGCUGACAUUUAUUUUAGUAGUGAAAGUGUUCAUGUAAAAUGCCAGACGAGAAGUUACAAGAAAUGUUUUCCUCAUAAUGAGGUACUUAUGUUGCAACGUUGUAUAGUGAAUAACACGUACUGUACACCUGUGUGGGUGAUGUAUAAUUAACAUCCGUCUCUGUAAUAAUGUAAUGGUGUUUCCUCAGUGUUGUAAAACUACUGUUCUGUACACGUCGGGGAAAUGAAUAGCUCACCAUCUUCAAUAGGGCUUUUUAAAAACUAUUUCCUCACAGAACUCUAUUUGUGUUGCUGUAGCAUUGAGUAACAGAACGUAAAACACAAGGAGAAAUAUCAGUUGAGUGAUAGAAUGAGUUUAUUUCAACAGUUAGAGAUCAGCAUUAGAAAAAGUGACAGUGAAAAGGCAGUAUUUGAGGAAUGAUUGUAACGCGUGGAGACACACAGAGCAUAUCGAAGCCAGUCAGUAAUUGUUUGUACAUUACAAGAGAUAUUCCAGGAGACCACACAGUACGUACAGUAGUAUACUCUGGUGUUCAAGUCAUAAAUAAAUACUUAGAUCUAAACUGAAGACAUGCCUCAGACACGCGCAUGAGUGGAUAGAUCUCAUGCAUUCAAACAACCACGACGUCGCCUUUUCGCUUGUGCAGAGCGUCAAACGGAAUGAGAAGAAGCGCUAGAAAACAAACCCCAGACUAACAAUCAGCCUUACCUGAAGAGUAGUUCUAGUCUCACAAGAGAUUGUCUCUAAAACACACAGUACUGUACAUGACAAAGGCUGUCCUUCUCCUUGUAGCUUUGUUGAGGAAUUAUUGCUUCAUUUUAAAGUAGUUAUUUUUUUCAAGAAACAUGAGUCAUGCGCCCAAACCCUUUGAUUUUAGAGUAGAAAGAUUUCUUUUGAAAAUAAAUGUGUACAUUCCUGUAGAAACAUUACUCUCUUUGUAUCAUAAAAUAUCCUGUACGUAAGUGUCUAUUGAAAUAUGAGAUGAUAUAUCCAGGAGAGGGAAGACUAGCUGAAUACUGUAUCUGAGCUUGAGGUCUUCUUGACCCCUCCUACUUCAUUUCUCCAUUCAGUUCUGCUCCCAUACACACAUUUGGUCCAACAGUAUGACUUGAAUGCUAUUUGAAAUCCUAGAGUAUCUCAAGAUUUGUAUGGUUCACUUCUGGUAAUCCACAUCAUAAAUUAAAUUUGAUUAGCACAUUAUUUUUCUUCCUAAGACAAUAUUUGGAAUAUCAUAGCCUUGUGUGGACAACAUAAAACAAUGCAUUUAAAUUUCAACCAUGUGGCUUUAGGAAUGAAUGGUUGGGGAAUGUGAAAAUGAAAACAUCUUUCUUUAGCUUUCUUCUGUUCUUUCUCUCAUUAGCAUACCUAAAUCACACAAACAAAAAGUAAAGACUGAAGGAACAAAAUCGACUCAAUUACAUUCUGUCUGAAAGUCAGAGGUAAAAAAAAAAAAAGAAAAAAAAAAGUUUACAGUAUUAUCAAAUAUAAUCAUUUGAAAUGAAUGUGAAUUUAUGUGCAGUUACUGAAAAUAAUCCUUAGAAGAACCUGACGCUCAAGUAUAACUGCCUCACAUGAGAGAUCACCCCGCCGCCACCACCACCCCCAGAAUGUGUUGAAGCCCAUUUCCACCCAUGGAUCAAACAUGUCUUUUGUGCAAGUAUAGUCCUGUAAUAACUACAUGAACAGAAAGAAUUGGUUUACGUGAGAUCAUCAAAAAGCUGUUAUUAAGACUGCAGAGAGAAAACGAUGAGAUGUCAGGUUAAACCACCAACACAGUAAUAAACAUCUACCAUUUAAUA